UUAUUGUGUUAUUAUUAGGAAGACUGUUAUAAUAAUGUUGAACAAAUUCCUGUAGAAUAUUAUCAUAAACCUGUAAUUUUUAGUGGUUCUAUGCCUCUAAAAAACUGUGUAAUUAGCAUUACCAAUUAUACUGGAUCUGAACGAUAUUUCUUAAAAGAAGUUUCACUACUUCUUGGAGCGAAUUUUCAAGAUGCAUUGUCAAGAAAAUCAAAACCAGAAGAUAACAUUAUGAUAACAACUCAUCUCAUUUGUUCUACUCCAGAAGGACCCAAAUAUGAAGCCUCAGUUAAAUGGGGUGUACCGGUUGUAUCUAAAGAAUGGCUACUUAAAUGUGUUCCAUGCAAAUGCCGUUUACCAGAAGAUAAAUUUCCAAUUGUUUCCAAUGCAAUACCGCUUAAAGACACUGAAGAUGGUAUUGAACCACCACUAAAAAAGAAAUGUUCAGUGGAAAUCAUGAUUCCUACCUCUCAAGUUUUAGGUUUACCUACCAACAAAAAUGAUAUAGAAAUAGCGCUUUUGAAAUCAAGUUGUUCUACUCCAGUUGAUUCAAAUAGUUUCGUCAAAAAUUUAAAAACACCAGAAACUCCAUAUGGACAAAUACUUUAUUAUGAUCCUGUUACACCAGAAACAAAAAAGGAAUGGAAAAAAAGUAUAGAUGUUUUUCCAGAUGGUCUCGAUGAACAAUCACAACUUAAGUUAAGGAACCAAAAUAGUACUGAAACAAAUGAAAUAAGUUCAACAAAUGCUAAUUCAAAUGAUACAUUGAAAAGUCCAAGUUUAUCAUACCGUUCUCCAGGCGUGGCUAACAGCAGCUUGCAUAACACAUCUCAAAUAUCAAAAGCUCAAAAUAAUAAAUCUAAUACUGUAUCACCAAAUACUGAUACUAAGCUGCAAUCUUUAGAUAAACAAGAAUUUAGGAGAACAAUCAAACAACUCCAACAAAAUGUAUGUACAUCAAGAGAACCAGAAAUUCUUUUUUCCAGAACAGAGUCUGAAAGUCAAGAUGAUUAUGCAAGAAACUCUCUACUGAAAGAACCAGUUGUAGAAUCAUCAGAAGAAUGUUCAGCUGAAUCUUUCCAUCCAACUGAACAACAAGAAAAACCCAGGUUAAAAAGACUGUCCAAAUGCAAUAAAAAGUUUAUAUUAACCAGCGUGAAUAUCGAUGUUCGCCAAAAGUAUGAAAAUGCUAUUGAAAAACUUGGUGCUCAAGUAUUGCAAAGUGCAAUAUUUUGUGAAGAUGUUACUCAUGUUCUUAUGCAUCAGCCAAGUAGAACUGAGAAAUAUUUAUGUUCACUUGCUUCUGGAAAAUGGAUAUUACAUCCAAGUUAUAUUGAUGAUUGUUUAAAGGAAAAUUGCUUUCUGCCAGAAGAUAAAUACGAAUGGGGAAAUCCUUUAUCCGACUUAUCUUUAUCAACGCCAUUGCAUGGAGCAGGUUAUCGAUGGCGUUCUAAAAUUUGUUCUAGUAAAACUGCAGCAUUCAGUGGUAUGAAAGCUGUAUUAAUGACUUCUGAAAAUCGAUACCAAGCUUUGACACGUCUCAUACGAGCUGGUGGUGGAAUGAUAUUGGAUAUAAAAGAACUAUUGCAGUCUACUCAUUGUAUCAUUGACCAAGGGUAUGGUAAUAUUCCUGUUCCUUUAAAUGAAAUUGCUGUCAAGGGUAUAUUACUAUUACCUGCUCCGUUUCUGGCUGAUCUUCUUAUUAAAGAUCCAUCACCAGAUCCUUUAAAAUAUCUAAUACCUGAGUACCAAGCUUUCUAUAAUAGAUUAGCGCCUAAUAUGUACCGUUGUAAUUUUUUAUCUAUAUCAAUAUCAGCCAUACAUUAGUUAUUAUUUUUUUUUAUGAAUACUAUUAUUUGUAAUUUUUUAAUCUAAUAUAAAUUAUAAGUUGCAAUAGUUGUACACUUCCAUAUAAUGAUGCUUUGUACUUUGUGAUAUAUCAAAUAAUAAACUAAAAGUUCUAGUUUUCAGAAACAAAAAAUAAAUAAAUAAUGGAAAACCAA